UUACUCCCGUCGUCUUCGUCUCACUUUUUGUUCGUGCUGCUCCUGGCGGGCCUUUUAGAGAAGCUUUGUUUGGACAAUGCCCUUUGUUCGUUGGAAGAAAUUCCUCGGUUUACCUUUAGUUGCAGGGGUGUGCAUCCUCGCAUCUUUGGGAGUAAUUGUUGGAGGCGCUGGCGCCGUUGGUGGUUGGGUUCAUGUUAUCGAUGUCGUGGGAAAGCAUCCCAUACCUAUUGAAGAUCAAGUGGGAGUCUUUGUGUUCGCGAUCACAUUUUCGUUACUCGCACUUUUGUCACUCCUAGGCCUCAUUGGAGGCCUCGUUAGAAGCUACAAUAUCAUUAUCUUCUACAAGAAUCUUGUGCGAGGACAUCUUCUAUUGAUCAUUGCCGCCCUUGGCCUUUCUCUGUUUUCCACCAUCCACCCGGUGGAUAACUCGACUAUCGAAAGAUGCCUUGGAGACUCGCCGGACUACCUAGUAAAACAAUUCUGCGUUAAAGGCAUUUCGUUGAUGAAAGGCCUUCGUAUUGGUAUAUCCGCCUUGGCUGCAAUCAACCAAAUCUGUGCUUGGAUCAUAGCGAACAAUUUCGCGGACAAGUUAGACUUGGAUAGCGUCAUGCGGAGGACCAUAAUAUUCCCCGAUGGUAAAGCAAGUGGAAACGGCUACCGAGUAUAAAACCUAAUUUAUCCUGCAAAGUUUGAUUGCGUUCAUGUUCCGUGGUCACUCCUCGCCGUCUCCGGCAAAAAUGAAUGAAACAAGGUACUUGUCCAAGUAUUCUUUGGGUAUCCCUUCCUUGAGCCCAUCCGCCAUGG